CCAAGUUACAUUUGGGGCGGAGGGAUUUCUAAGCGGUAAGAGAAGACAAUCAAAGAACUUGAAAAAUGGCAUCAGUAAAAAGUUCGAAUGUUUCUGUCGAACUUUUUGAUGGACGUGGCGAUUUUACUCUAUGGCAACAACGAGUAAAAAGUGUUCUUACUCGGGAAGGGACAAUCAAAGCUCUGAAGGUGAAGGUUCAGAGGACAGAAAAAAUGACGGAUGCUGAGUGGGCCAAACACCGGAAGAACGACAAACCAGAAAAAUUGUCGGAAGAAGAGUGGGAGGAUUUGAAGGACAUGGCAACAAGUACAAUAUGCCUAUGUCUUGCAAAUAAUACUCUUCGGGAGGUUCUUGGUUUGACGGACCCGGCGGAUAUUUGGGACAAGCUAGAGAGCCGGUACAAGUCGAAAUCGUUGACAAGUAGGUUAUACUUGAAGAAACGAUUGUUUGGUCUCCAAAUGGCGGAGGAAGCUAACUUUAAUGGACACUUGGAUGAAUUCAACAAGGUUACAACAAAGUUGGAAUCCAUUGAUGUGAAGAUUGAAGAGGAGGACAAUGCGCUGCUUUUGUUGGCUUCAUUGCCUUCAUCUUUUGACAACAUCGUGACCACGCUCUUGUUUGGAAAAGAGACCUUAAAAUUUGAUGAAGAUGUUGCUGCGUUGUUGAUGAACGAGACUCGGCGGGGUGGCAACGGAGUAUCAAAUGACGGUCAAGCUUUGGUAGCAAAAGGAGCUGGUCGGGAACGAGGACGGUAUAAAGAGAGGGGCGGCAUGUCCCAACGCUUCAAAUCGAGUAGUAAAAGCUUUCGGUGUUACUACUGCGAUGAAGAGGGUCAUUUCAAAAGGGAUUGUCCAAAGAGGAGGAAGGAAAAGAAGGACAGGAAAACACCCGUGACUGCGAUUGUAGAAAGUUCGAACCAAGCAAGUGAAGAAGACUUGUUUUUGGAAACCGCAAAGAGUCUAGUGGCCAGUGGUGAGCUUUGCGUCAUCUGACCGAAGCAUGUCAUCUUACCAUAAGGUGUCAUCU